AUGGAAAAGCUUGUCCUUGCACUGAUUCACGCGUCAAGAAGGCUGCGCCGAUAUUUCGCCAACCACGUCAUCCACGUGCUAACAAACUACAAUAUUGGGAAUAUCCUAGCAAGGCCAGAAGUAUCAGGAAGGUUGGCCAAAUGGGCGAUAGAGCUAGGGGGACACAAUGUGGUUUUCAGACCACGUCCAUCGAUCAAGGGCCAAGUCUUGGCAGAUUUUAUGACAGAAGUCCCAGACGACAAAGACAGAGAAUGCAAGGCAAGGGAGAAAGCUGAGAAAAAACAAACAGAAGAGCCAUGGCUACUGUACACAGAUGGUGCAUCCAACGAAGAUGGGGCAGGCGCAGGGCUAAGGCUAGUAAGCCCUGACAAACAUGAGUUCACAUACGCCAUACGCCUAGACUUCAAGAGCACAAACAAUGAAGCAGAGUAUGAAGCCUUUCUGGCCGGCUUGCGUUUGGCAAUCAAAAUGGGAGUCCGACACAUCGAAGCACAUGUGGACUCCAUGUUAGUAGCAGGCCAAAUCAACGGCCAGUACGAAGCCAAGGGCGACAUAAUGGCACUCUAUCUCAGCCAAGCAAAGACGUUGCUGCAAACCUUCUAUUCUUACAAGGUGCACCACAUAAACCGCAGUGAAAACAAGCCGGCAGACGCCUUAAGCAAGCUUGCGUCAACAAGCUUCCAGCACCUAGCCAAAGACGUACGCAUAGAAGUUUUGAGCAACCCAUCUGUUCCACUCAGAGAAGUCAGCGUCAUCCAAACAGGAACCACGUCCUGGAUGACACCCAUAAUCAUGUACUUACAGUCCGGGAUACUUCCAGAAAAUAAAGCUGAGGCGCGGAAAAUCAAGUAUAAAUCAGAACAUUAUCAGAUGGCAGACGGGAUACUGUACCGAAAGUCAUAUCUCGGCCCGCUGCUUAGAUGUGUUGAUGCCGACGACGCAAAUUAUCUAAUCCGGGAAGUACAUGAAGGCAUUUGUGGUAUCCACGCCGGGCCACGUAUGGUAGUGGCAAAAGUAAUGAACGCCGGUUACUACUGGCCCGGAAUGCAUCUAGAUGCCGUGAAGGAAUUAAGGAAGUGCAGCGGCUACCAGCGGCAUGCACCAAAAACCAUGCGCCCAAAAAACGAACUGGUACCAGUAACAACCGCAUGGCCCUUUCAGCAAUGGGGCAUAGACAUGGUGGGCCCCUUCCCAGAAGCUCCGGGGGCAGUCAAGUUCAUCAUAGUCGCGGUAUAUUACUUCACCAAGUGGGUGGAAGCCAAGACACUCGCAUCAACCACGUCAGCAGUUGUUAAACGAUUCAUCUGGGAACAAAUCAUAUGCCGAUUCGGCCUACCACUCCGAAUCAUCACCGAUAAUGGAACAAACUUUGCAGCAGAUGAUCUCGAACGAUGGUUCAAGGAACUAAAUAUCGAACAUACCUUCUCGUCGGUCGCACAUCCACAAGGGAAUGGUCAAGUUGAGGCAGUCAACAAGAGCAUCGUCGAUGGCAUAAAGGCAAGGCUCGGUGAAAAAAAGACGUGGGUGGGUCGAUGA